AAAAAACGUUUUUGUCAUAAAUUCUUUGAAUAGGAGGAGGGACCGCUAGUAGAGGCAUCCCCAUCGUCUACGGGUUGAUAGUCUAACAUCGGGAACAUGGGGCGUAGAGUUGAUGUUGGAGAGAGAAGGAGAGGACGAUGAGAAUGCUGCAACUGAGACUUGUUCUCCUAUUCGCAGUCUCUGUGCACCUGGCCGUGGCUGUUGAGCUCAUCACUUAUGAUCCUCUAAGUACCGUAUGCUCCCCGGAUUCAAACUACACUACGAACAGCACCUACCAGCAGAAUCUGAAGAUCCUACUCCGCUCCCUUAGCUCCAAUAUCUCCGGCUUCGCCACCGCCACGGUCGGCCAAGGUCCCGACAAGGUCUAUGGGCUCGCUCUCUGCCGGGGCGACCUCUCCGCCGCAGAAUGCCAAAACUGCGUGGCAGAGGCGGCGACAAAGAUCCAGCAAAGUUGCUCUAACAGCAAAGCAAGCACCAUAUGGCGCCUGAAAUGCGAAUUACGCUAUUCCAACAGCAAUUUCAUGGGGACUGUGAGUACCAACUUCUUCUUCCUCAGCAACGUAAACAAUGCGACCGACCCGAUACUGUUCAACCAGCAGAUGAAGGUGCUUUUACAACACCUCUCUGUCGCCGCGGCGGCGAAUUCUAGCUCCAUGUUCGCGAGUGGGCAGAUUCAAUACAAUGAGUUUCAGAUGAUCUACGGAGCAGUUCAGUGCACAGGGGACCUUUCCUCCGCCAAUUGCAUGAACUGUCUGAACGAGGCAGUGGCCUUUCUUCCUUAUUGCUGCGUCGAGAGACAAGGUGCUGUGGUUAUUGGUGCCGCCUGCAGUAUAAGGUACGAACUGUACCCUUUCCUCCGGGGUUCGGCUCUGGGUCUGCAACUUUCAUCACCAACACCGUCGUCCGCUAGCAGAUGCAAAAAAACAGGUGCUGCCGUUAUUGCAGUCGCAGUAGCGAUCUCUUUGCUAGUGCUCUGCAUCCUGAUCUUAGGAUUAUUCCUCUGGAGAAGGAAAACAAAGAACCCAAGCCCAAUUCCAGUAAAACGGGACAGGGAUGAUGACCCCGAGCUGUUGGACUUUAGCCUGGCCAGCAUAAGAGCGGCCACCAACGACUUCUCCGAGGCAAAUAAGAUUGGAGAAGGCGGGUAUGGUCCAGUCUACAAGGGAAUCAUUGAUGGCAAAGAAAUAGCAGUGAAGAGGCUGUCCAAUCAGUCUGGUGAAGGAUCAAUCGAGUUCAAGAACGAGGUGCGGUUGAUUGCCAAGCUGCAGCACAGGAAUCUCGUCAGACUUUUCGGUUGUUGUAUGGAAAGUCAAGAAAAGAUAUUGGUAUAUGAGUAUGUGCCAAACAACAGCCUGGGCAGUAUUUUAUUCGAAUCAGAUAAACGGUUGCCACUCGAUUGGGCUACGCGUCUAAAGAUCAUCACAGGGAUAGCGAGGGGUCUCCUCUACCUGCAUGAAGAUUCAAGGCUCAAGAUCAUUCACAGGGACCUGAAACCCAACAAUGUCUUAUUGGACAACGAGAUGAACCCCAAAAUUUCAGAUUUCGGGAUGGCAAAGAUAUGUGGAAUGGACGAGACACAUGGAAACACAAAAAGAAUUGCUGGGACAUAUGGAUAUAUGUCCCCGGAAUAUGUCAUCAGAGGCAACUACUCCUUGAAAUCAGAUGUAUUCAGCUUCGGCGUUCUACUAUUAGAGAUUGUGUCUGGCAAAAAGAAUACUUCUUUUAAAGCUGCAGAUGGUGCUAAAGACCUGCUUACUUAUGCUUGGAAUCUAAGUAAAGAAAACAGGACGCUCGAAAUGGUAGAUGGGGCACUGGGCGAGUCCUACAACAGAAAAGAAGCUUUGAGAUGCAUCCACAUUGGUCUACUGUGUGUUCAAGAGGACAUGAUGAAUAGGCCAACAAUGUCCUCAGUUGUUCUUAUGCUUGGUAGCAGCUCUGUCACUCUUCCCGCUCCUCAUCCACCUGCAUUUUAUACUGGCAGCUGGUCUAGACAGGAGGCAACGAGUAUGUCAUACUCCGAUGGUCAACCCGAGGACCAACCUCUGCAACCUUUACUGUCAACAUCUUCCAAUGCAGUAAUCAUCACAGAGUUGCAAGCGCGGUAGGAGAUCAAGCUUUUACGGUUGGUAGCUUCUUGCUGCCAGGAACCUUACGGACACAGAGGAUCUAUGUGGCAUCUCUCAGGGCUUCAAGCACUUUAAUUAAUUGAUUUACAUGUUACCCAGUCCAUACUUACACAAAAUUAUGUCGACAGGAAUUUAUCAUACCUGAUGCAUACAUUUGUUUUCCAUUAACAAAAGCGUCUCCUCAAUUUUAAGCAAACGAAUCAUGCUAAGGGAAUGCCAUGGUGAACAACAAAGUUAAUUCUCGGCCCUACAUGAUUCAUCUUUAAAGAGAA